GUACUAUACUUUAAAAUCUUUGAGUUAGUUCAGGAUCUCUGCAACUUUUAAAUGAAAGAAAUCGAAAUAUGGUGCGGUAUCGUGGACUAGAUUACCUUUCGCUAGUCAGACUAAAAAGGAAAGAAUUUAUAGCCAGAGCCCGACUGUCUCUGGCAGAAACAUGCCAGCCUGUUCUCUCGGAUCGAAGUCUUCACAGAACCAGACACCCUUGGGCUUCAGCCAUCCCUGACCAGGCUCUGUUGUUAGGAGACCUUGAACAGCCUGAUCCUCAUAUAGCCAAGCUGUUCACUUCAUUGAAAUCUGUAAAACACAACUCACUAGAGCUCUAUGGUAGAGAGAUUUCAACCCUAAGCAUCAACACUUCCCCUCCAGUCUCUGAGGGCCUGAGGACCAAUGAGGACCAGGAUGAGGCUGAGGACCAUGGAGAUUUUGACGAGUUGUAUGGAGACUUUGACUUGGUUGACUUUGUUCACACAAAGGAAGAGGACAAAGAUCUAUUGUAUACAGAGGAGUUUCAAACAGAGACACUUUGUUGGGGUACAACUGUUACAGAUGACCUCUUCGAGGAUGUGACUCUUGACCUUGGCCCUGUGAAACCACAUGUACCCUCACUGGGAUCCCAAGUCCAGGGUCUGCAGCCUCUUCCCCUACUUGACCCCCUGCUGAAUGGAGAAAGAGAGUGCAGACAUGAGCCCUUAGAACUUCAUGUAGUGCCUGAGACCUCCGUCACAUCACAGAAUCAAACCCAGGAGGUGUUCACCAGGGAGGAGCGAUUCCAUGGGGAGAAUUAUUUGGAGAACCUUCUAUUAAAGAACAGAGACCUGGUAGAGAGAGACUCCCACUUGACAAGCCUGGGUCAGCUGUCUCCAUUACCCCUAGAUGAGGGUACAGAGGACAUAAAGAUGGGGACUAGUGUUAAGCAUUGCUGUCAGCUGGAGGAGUAUGUGGUAAACCAACAGGCUGGGGGUCCCCCAUUGUCAUCAACAAAGGAUCCCCAUGUGAAGACCUGGAGCACAGAUCUAGAGAUCUGUAGCUGGCCUGACGACUACAGUUUGGAGACCCCCGUUAUAAAGUCCAGUCUGUCCGCUGAUUUACUUACUGUGGGAGAACUCAAACCUCUAGCUCUCAAAAGAGGCAGGGAGUUUGUUUCACUGUCCAAUUCUACACAACAUCAACUAUUACCAUCAGACAGCCAUUUUGACUUGUGCUGUGUAGAGAGAUGCAGAUUUUCUGAACCAGACAUUGACAGAGUGGAACUCCUGCAGAUGAAGAGACUUAACAAAGAGUGGAAGGAGGUGGCUGUAUUGAAGUGGAAUAUGUGGAAGGUGGAGCUCAACUUGUGUUGGAUUCUCCACCCUCCGACAGAGGAAAGACUGGAUUUGAAUGAAGCAGUGCUGGGGUACAUGCGGAAUGGGAGACAAAAUCAUAAAGAUUAUCAAGAGAUAUUUCACAAAGAAAUGUUUGAGUUGCCUCCCUUGGAAUUGCCUGGACCUACAGUUAAAAUCAAGGAGAAAGUGAAUAAUUCAAAACCAUUUUCUGCUCUGUGUGAUUCAGAGUACCAGCCGAUGCAUUUACCUCCAAACACAAAGCGUCUCGCACAUACUGUCCCCUGCAUAACUUCAGAUAACAGCACAGUAGAAACUCUAUAUAUUGACUUAGAAGAAGAGGCUUCACUGAGCCAAGGAGAAAGCAAAAUCACAGAGCAUGAAGGACAGUAUCAGUGUUUGAUUCCAAGGCCAUUUAAGUUAAAAGAUGGUGAGUGCACUAGCAAUGUUUGUAGGACACUAGUGGAGACUCAAUCACAAAGAGACGGCAGUGCCUCCGUACUAAAACAUCAGGAGCUGAGCAUCAGUAGCAGCCCAGCCCACAGAACUAGCCCACCUGUCUCACCUGUCCCACCUGUUUUACCUAUCUCACCUGUAUCCCUGAGCCCUGACAGAAUCCUGUCACUCCGCUCUCUACAGGAUCCUUUCUUGGACUCCCCUGUUAAAACUGGUCAAAACAAAAUGCAAUUUAUGAAAAACCAGCAUGGUACACCAAAGGAGAAUCCACAUUUACAAAAUAUUCAGAAGACAGAUUCCCAUCAGCAGCACAGAGACUUAAACAGUGAUAAUUGUAAACCACUGUCAGACACACGGUCACACUCGCCUGGGGGUGGAGAAGACACCCAAAGUAAAGGACAGAUGAGGAGUCAGGCCACCCCUCGACAGAGUCAAACAGGGUCAAAGGUUAACCAAUCACAAUCACCCCCCACUCACGAUGGCAGAUGCCUGGGAGUUAAUAACGUCACACAAACCACGCCCUUCUCUGAUAUUCCCAAGGUCCGGAGAGGGAGAGAGCCGGGAACCACUCCACAGAAGAGUCCAAACAAGAGGCCAUCAAAAUCCAGGGUGAAAUGUAUCACCUACCAGCUGGAGGAUGAGUAUCAACAAAUCAUCAGUCUGGUUACCCAGCAUGCUUCCUAUUUCAUCACUUCCUUGGUGAACAGUGGUGACAUUGACAAAUCUAUUAUCUUCACCUCCCUGACCCCUGACCUCACAAGGUUUCUUGUCAAGGAAGUCACAAGUCAACCUGAUAAUGCACAUUAUGAGGAGCGGUAUCGCUCCAGUCUGGCCCUCCACACUCUGUGCUGUGCUAGAGAGAUGAUAACCUUGGGUUGUCUGGAGUCAGGACUGGAACUUUUGUCUGUGAUACAAGAGAAAUACAGGGACCAGCUCAAAGACUGUCUGGAGACCCUGAGACAGCGACUGUUGUCAGCCAAACUGUGGUGUGACCGGCGGGGAAUCCUACACCCCAAGGUGUACCGGGCAUGUCAAAGUGUCCACCGUAAGCUGACCGGUAAAGACCCAGAGAGGCUCAGUCACACCAAGAUUCUAGUGAUUUUGAGUAAAGACCUGGACAGUUUGGUCAGCACACUGGGGCACAAUCUACAGAGGGUAGAUGGGGUCAAAGUUCACAUCCAGGUCACAGGAAACUGCCAGAGUGUUCUAGACAAUUUGGACCACUGUAACUGCAUGCUGCUACAGGAGGAGCAGAUCGGGUCAGACUUUCCAUGGUCCCAGUUUUGUCUCGUGCUGGAGUACGAGGGGAACAGGUUCUCGGAGCUGUGUGAGCGUCAGAACAUCUCCUACAGACACUUCUCCUACUCUGCUCCUACAACUAAUGGUACAGCUAUAAGUAUAACACAAUUCAACGUAACUAUAGUAUGCUCCAAAGCAGUGCCAAAAAACUUUGUCCAUAUAUUAGAAUCCAAAUAUGGAGUGACCUGUCUGUACAGAAGCUGUUGGGCGGGGCUGACCCUCCCACACAUUGUGAUUGACGAGCUGACUGCUGUAGUGAUGUAUGAUGUGUCAGCCAUAGGGACAGAGUUCUCUCCCUUACUGAGAGUACUCUCCCUCCUCGCCCAACAGUUCAGAGACAUCCUUAUAAUUGGCAGCACCCACAACUUUACCCAGCCACUGUUGAAGCUAAGACAGCACCAACAAAAGCUGAAUUUCUUCCUAGGCCGAGCUGUGUCCAAAGUCCCUGAUCUACAGUUUAAGGUAGUGACCAGUGAUGACUUACAGAAGACGGCAGAGAUGGUGAUCCGUGUGUGUCGGCUCGUGUUGACGACAGAUGACCAGAACUGGAUGGCAGCCUCACCCUCCCAGGAGGAAGAAUUUCUGACUGCAAUUCCUUGCAUCAAUCCCAUCUUUGCACAGAAAAUGCUUCAGAUCCUAUCCCUACAGUCCAUCACUGAUCUCCACCCCCAUCAGCUGGCCCGGCUGUUCCCCAGCACUCCCAGGAGGAUCAUACAGAUGUUUUAUGAAGCUCUGGCCAAACUGAGGACAGAGCAAUGUGUGCAAGGGAGAAAACUCUUGGAAGAACCUGUACAGGUCAGUGGGGAGAUAAACGGUACCUCCCCCCUCCCCACAGACAGACACACCUUGUUUUGGGAUAGUCAGGAGGGGGCCACUCAGGAACCACUCCGUCCUGAGGAACAGUUAGCUGCCCCUGUCAGGACUAGUAGUUGUCAGCCACGUAACCCUCCAAACAACGUACACAUUAACACUGGUGCCCUGCUCCCCCAGGAAGACUCGGACUACACCACUGAUACUCUCGCUCACAGCUGCAACUCGGAAUCUCCAAAUGAGUUUGUUCGGGCUCAGACAGGGUUUGAGCAAGAAGAGAGCUCCUAUAUAGAGGAGCUCGGGAGGGUUGUUAGCAGGCAAGCACUUGAUGAAAGGGGAGAUUCAGAAGAGAAUCAGUCCCCACUCAAGCAAACUCAGGGAGUUAACACACUGGUACAUGCACCAUUGAGAAAUCAUCAUAACAUGACACAAUUAGAGCAAAAUAAUACUGUCAACUCUGAAGAAAACUGGUGCAUGCAAGAUACUGCAAUAUAUACAGCAAAAAACAAUUUAACUUCAAAAUCUACCACUCAAGAAAUUCCUAACUUCAGUACAAAGAGUUUUGAGCAAAUUCAGUCAUUCUCUCAGAGGAUUCCCACCCCAGAGGACCUAUUUACGGAAGACAUUGGAGAUAUUCCAGCUAGUCACAUGUAUCAGGAUUUUCAAAGUGUUGAAUGCAGUCCUAAUACUAGAGUGAACUCUUAUGCUCCUGAAGUUUUGUACCAUGUUGGUAGUGGUAGUGGUAGUGGUAGUGGUCCUAGGAAACAUGAUCCUGUACACCUGGCAGAGGAAGACUCGGGGAGGAUUCACACCUGCACUGUGAACAACCCACCAGUGUCGUACAUAGUCUGUGAUGAGGCACAGCCAGAAUCGGUGGACUUUCAGGACAAUCUGAUCGCCACAACUCGACAGCUGCUGAAGCAGGCCGCCAUGACGGCCAGUGACAGGAUCUUUCCUAGAACAGGCCCUAGAAAAGUGAGCAUUGGCCUGGCUAGGCCACUCAGACAGCCCAAGUCUCAGGUGACCCCUGAUCAUGAAAUCCAAGAUGCAGUAAUACCCCCCUCGAUGAAUUCACAGAAUCAGAACCUCAACUUUUCAGGAGUGACAGCUCAACUAACCACUAAUCCACACAGUGCUCAACAAACCACUACUGCUCAACACAAAACUCCCCUGGUGGCUAAUCCAGUGCUUGAGGAGAUACCCAGUGCUGAGCUUUCUAAAGAAGCAUUAUUGUCCAACCACCGGAAACAAGGAAUGACACAGUAUAGAGAGAGUCGGGAGGGAGGAUGGAUUCAUUCAAGUAAUCAUGACUCGGUUAAGAGGGGGGUGGGGACAGAUCAGGGUCGGUGGACUACAGACAGUCAGCUGUCCGAGCCGUAUAGACACCACUCUCUGAGUCACUGUCGGUACACUGACUGUAAUGACUUCAUGGACAAUGUAGACAGCGAUCAGCGAGUGGACAGCAAGGAAACAACACAACAGACAGAGUGGCUGCCUCCCUGUAGACAGACUUACAUCCCAUCACAUGACAGUUCCAGCACCCCAUGUCAAUAUAACUUACCUAACACUCAGAGAAAUCAGCACAUACCUAACACUCAGGGAAAUGACUCUGUUGUGGAAUCAACACGUGUAACUUUGAGGACCAGGCAAGAUUACGUCCCUUUUCACAGUGGCCAACAAAACUGUAUUGAAGGAGGGGAGGAGGUUAUACACAAUGGCCGGCAGAACCGUACUAAGAGAGGGGAGGAGGAGAGGUGGCCGGGAUAUGAUUCUCCUCCAAUGGAUAUGGAGUACGAGUUUGAACCAAUACAGAGCUUUCCUCAUCCCUGGGGCACCUGCUGCCAAAAGGAACGCCCCCAUACUGCAGGCCUGACCCAGGCACCAGGUGGCCACCGGUGGGGAGAUGUACUGCAUGGUGUCAUAGAUCCCCAGCCCCUGGGUCACGAUCCCCCCCGGGGAGUUGAUAUACAUGUGGAUAGGCUCCUUGGAGUUCUGGAACUCAUGACAGAGUCAUUGCAUAGUGAGUCGGGUGUUGACCGACAGAACAUUAUGAGGCUGAGAAUCAAUAGAAUCGCAUUGGUACAAGAACUGAGAGCCGAGCACAUCAUUAACCACUUGCUGCAAACAGGGCUAAUAUCAGAGUACGACCGUGAGCGGGUCGAUAGAGGAACGACCCCAGCAGAUAAAGCUCGCCGACUUGUAGACAUCGUAACAACCAAAACCCAUGUACCUGACUGGUACAACAUAUUUAGACAGUCCAUUUUAUCCCCUGAGGACGCCAACGCUGAGACAAGAAAGCGUUACCGUUCUCUGGUUGAGUUCCUAGACAACACGGUCAUUCAUCGCCCGAUGUCUCAAUCCUCAAAAUUCAGCAGCUCGACAGCCUCACUAAAACUGCCACACUACGAACCACUGCCAGAAAUCUCCAAACAGGAACAGGAGAGGAGUAUGGGAAGGAAUAUUGCAGGGAAGAAACGCUCGGAGGAGGAAGAAGUGAUGACAGAGAAAGGUGCGCGAGACAAUGUCCCAGAGAGAGAGGACAAGGUGUCGGUCAGUCACGACAAGCCGCAGACCAUGACGCUGGUCAAAGGCUUCUUCCAGCAGUGGGUGACCACCCCAGACAACUUCAGAUCUCUCCUUCAGGUACCAGAGGAUUUGUUUAGAGAACUAGAGACCUCACAAGACAAAUAUGACAAAGCUCAGUUAGAACAAGAAAAGCUUGUUCUGGAGAAAAUCAGAAAACUUGAGAUAGUAGCUGUGUUAUCCAGAAGGAAACAGCUGCCGGAAGGGUUUGAACUGUGCAUGUGUGAGGCAGUACAUGACGUUUUGUUUGACACCAAGAAUCACCACAUGUACUUUAAAUAUCUGCGGAUGUUGGAGCGGUCAGAUGUGGACCUUAUGAUAGACAUUGUGCAAUCAUUCGGUUCAGUGUUGGAGGGGAUGGAUUUUACUCGCGUGGGUUCCGAUACGACCCAGUCUGCAAUCAAACUGGGCUUCACCCUGAUGGAUUUCCUGGGGAAGUACGGCUACUUCCAGCAGGCGGAGGUGAUCAUGACCAUUCUGCUGGCCGUUUUGAACCUCUCUCACAGCGUCGACUCCUGGAUGACCAAAUACAAGGGUUUCGUCAAGCUGAUGCAUUUCAGGAACAUGAACUAUGACUUUAAGAAAGUUCAGAAUGCCUAUGGGUUGGUGAAUGAGAUGGAAUGGCAGAUCUCCAUGAUGUCGUUUGGGCAGGACAUCAUUGACAAAACUCCAUUCUAUGUUGAAAUGUCCACAUUGAUGCUGGAGUACGGAUCUGCUAAUUCCGCCUAUGGAUGGGCACAGAAAGCUAUCAAGAGUAUGAACCAGGAGUGUCCAGCGGAUGCUGUCACCGCCCUGUGUGCGGGAGUGAUGGCGUACUGUGCUAGGUGGAGCAUAAAGAGAGCGGAGACGUUGGCCAUUCAAGCCGUACAGCAGGCCAGACAUCAUUUUGGGACCAGCCAUCCCCUUUAUAUCAAAGCUCUUCUCCACUACUGCCACUUCUCCAGCGAUUUCAAACAGGACAAAAACGGUGUACAGAUUGCUAAGUACACUCUGCGCACUGCCCAGAAGACUUAUGGUUGUGAGAUGAUUGAUGUCGCCCUGGCCCACAGGGCAGUCUCUAAGGCCCUGCUGGCCGUACAGGACUUUGAGGACAUGGCCUACUUUCACCAUGCCUCUGAAGCCCUGAGAAUUGCCCGGGCUCAGCUCCCGGACCAGUACCAUGGAAUGAUGGCCAUGUUCCUUCACAGUUCAGCCUCUGCUCUCCAGUGGAAGGCUCUGCAUUCCUCCAAGGAGUCUCAGGAGGCCACUCUGAAGCAGGCUGAGGUUGAGGCAAAACAGGCACUGAUGGUCGUUUCAUCCACGUACGGAGAACUCAGUCUCCGCACAGCACAGAUAUGUCUACUGCUCGGCCAGAUCUACAUUAAAAUGGACCAGACUGAGCAGGCAGAGGAGAUGUUGAAGAGGAGCGUGCUGUACAUGAAGCUGUGUCAGCCGGAGAACAGCCACUUCCUGAUGCUGGCCAAUGCUACCCUUGGCACCUUCUUUAAGGUCAUGGACAAACCAAGGGAGGCCAUCCAUUUCCUACAAAAUGUUGUUAAAGUACCAGACUGUGGAGUUUAUCUGAAGUGGGUCCAUGUGGUCUAUGACACGCUGAUUGCGACCUUGCAGUCACUGAACCGUAACAAGGAGAGUGACCACUAUCAGAUUCAGCUGUCCAAGUGGCUCCGGGACAACCCCAAGCACGACACGGUGGUCACGCUCCAACAGCUUCAGGAGGAUCCCCCCACCAUCGACAACUUCAAGGACGAGUUCAAUGUUUGGGAGAAGAAGGGCAAGGCCAUUUUGAGUGUACUCAAGAAAGCCAAGAAUUGAAGGCCAUUGUUUUGUGUAAGGAGCAUCAUGUGAUGAUGACAAUUAAUAAUUACUUUACAUCUAAUGCUUCAAAGUUUUCUUCAUCCCUUGGUUUUCUGUAACAAUUAUAAAAAUGAAAAAAGAUUCUUGACAAGUCAUUAAGAAACUAUGACCUUAAUAAGCAUGAUGUCAGGUAUCAGGAAAAUCCCAGCUUCUUGUCAUCUUCAUCUACAUGUAUUUCAGUAUUCCAUAAGACUAUUUUUACCAUAGUCUUCUUAAUUAUAAAUACCUUUAAGAGAUUCAGCUAUACUGGAGACCAUUAGCUUAAUAAUAACAUUCCCUAUAGUUUUAUCUGUUUACCUUUUUAAAUCAUAAAAAUUUGAUACCUAUGCAAUCUUGGGGAUUUUUGUUGUAGACUCAAUAUUAUUGCUGCACUUGUGAAAUGUACCUUAAAUUGUAGACAGAGGAACUGUCUAAUAAACGGUUAUCACGAUACACAUUGUACAAGAUACAAGUUAAACAUUGAACAUAAAACAAGAUAAUUAUUGUACAACAUACAAGAUUAUUAUUGUACAACAUACAAGAUUAUUAUCAUACAAGAUAGAAGAUGAUCAUUGUACAAAAUAUAAGAUUAUUAUUGUACAAGAUAGAAGAUGACCAUUGUACAAAAUACAAGAUUAUCAUUGUACAAGAUAGAAGAUGACCAUUGUACAAAAUACAAGAUUAUCAUUGUACAAGAUAGAAGAUGACCAUUGUACAAAAUACAAGAUUAUUAUUGUACAAGAUAGAAGAUGACCAUUGUACAAAAUAUAAGAUUAUCAUUGUACAAGAUAGAAGAUGACCAUUGUACAAAAUAUAAGAUUAUUAUUGUACAAGAUACAAGAAAAUUAUUGUACGAGAUGCAAGAAAAUUAUUGUACAAGAUAUUACAAGAUAAUAAUUGUACAAUAUAUAAGAUUAUUAUUGUACAAGAUACAAGAGUUCUAUUGUAUAAGAUUCAAAUAUUGUACAAGAUACAACAUAAUUACUGUACAUGAUACAUGUUGUAUGAAAAAACUGCACAAAAUGGCAGCAUCGACUUUACAACACAUCAGGAGAACCAGAUGGUGGUGGCCCAGUGUUAUGAUUGAUGGCUAUUUUGUUUAUACAUGUACAGUGUUGUAGUACAUACAUUUAACCCUGUGCAUUGAAUUUUAUUUUAUUUUGUAAUUUAACAUAUUACCAAGCAUCAACCCCUGAAGAGAAACACUAUAUAUAUAGUUUAAAGACUAUUUACAUGUUAUGGUAUAUACUUGUACAAUGUGUGGUACAUUUUAAUUAAUAGCAUGGGUAAGUUCAAGUGCUUUGUUAAUCUCAGUAUUAUGAAUCUUAAUGUACAUGACAUUUUUUUUGUUAUACUCUAUGAUGUGGGAUAUUCUGGCACACUGCUGUGUGGUAGUAUAAUACUUACUCCGUCCAUGUUUGUUGAAUAAGACAUUGCUGUUCUGUAUUACUGUUGUCUUUAGUUACUUCAGCCAUUUGUACGUUUUGAUUUCCUGAUUAUACACAUAAUAUUUACAUGUACCUUGCUCAGUGAUUUCUAUGUACUGGAUAAUAAAAUGUGGACUCUCUGA